AAAAAAUAAAAAAAAGAAAAGGAAAAGAUGCCUUCGUCUCUUAUAAUGACUACUACUACUACUACUACUACUGCUGCUGCUUCUACUAUUGCAGAAUUUAUUAAUAUUGAAGAUAGAUUGUUUGAUGAUAAAUAUCUUUCGCCAGAAGUCCAGUCAAAUUUACCUGAAGGAUAUAAACUUAAUCCACUUCGAGCCAAUGAUUUUGAUAGAGGUUAUUUAGAUGUCUUAUCUGUUUUAACUGAUGUUGGUUCACAUACUUCUGAAAGUUGGAAUACUCAAUAUCAGUUUAUGAAAAAACAUAACGAUACUUAUUUCAUUGUGACCAUUACAGAUGAAAAGAAGAAUCGUAUUGCUGCUACUGGAACUAUUCUUAUUGAACAUAAGUUUAUACAUAAAAAUGGUAUCGUAGGUCAUAUUGAAGAUAUUGCUGUCGAUUCUUCUCAUCAAGCAUUAAAAUAUAUUGGUCAAGUCAAUGAUUGUUACAAAGUUAUUUUGGAUUGUGCUACUAAAAAUGUCCCAUUUUAUGAAAAGUGCGGUUUUAGUCUUAAAGAAAAUCAAAUGGCUUGGUAUAUUCAUCAACAACAAGGACAAAAAUCACAUUUAUAAAAGAAAGGAUUUAUAAUAUAUUUAUACCCUUUAUUAUUAUUGUAAUAAUAGUAAUAAAAAAAAGAACCUCAAAUUUUAGAAUGUAUAUUAAAUAUUG